GUCUCCCGGCAGUACUCACCGUGAGUGACAUGAAAGAGCGUGACGGACCACGAGCAGUACACUUACAACGGGCUAGUCCUCGACCUCGGUCAAAUCGUCAAAAAAGCCAUUGAGAAGGAGGGUAUGCUGGGAUGGCAGUUCAACACCGUCGGCGUGUCAGACGCCAUCACCAUGGGAGGUGAAGGCAUGCGCUUCUCCCUGCAGACGCGCGAGCUCAUCGCCGACUCCAUCGAGUCCGUCACCUGCGCGCAGCACCACGACGCCAACAUCUCCAUCCCGGGCUGCGACAAGAACAUGCCCGGCGUGGUCAUGGCGGCGGCGCGCCACAACCGGCCCUUCAUCAUGAUCUACGGCGGCACGAUCCGCAAGGGCAAGUCGGCGCUGCUCGAGAAGCCCAUCAACAUCAGCACCUGCUACGAGGCCCAGGGCGCCUUCGCCUACAACCGCCUGCACGCGGCCACCGACGCCGGCGCGCCCGGCCGCACCAGCGCCGACGUCAUGGACGACAUCGAGAAGCACGCGUGUCCCGGCGCGGGCGCGUGCGGCGGCAUGUACACGGCCAACACCAUGGCGACGGCCAUCGAGGCCAUGGGCCUGUCGCUGCCGGGCUCGUCGUCGUUCCCGGCCGAGUCGCCCGAGAAGCACCGCGAGUGCGAGCGCGCCGCCCGCGUGAUCCGCACGACGAUGGAGAAGGACCUGCGGCCGCGCGACCUGCUCACGCGCGCGGCGUUUGAGAACGCCCUCGUGCUGACCAUGAUCCUCGGCGGCUCGACCAACGGCGUGCUGCACUUCCUGGCCAUGGCCAACACGGCCGGCGUGGCCCUGACGCUCGACGACGUGCAGCGCACCAGCGACCGCACGCCGUUCCUGGCCGACCUGGCGCCCAGCGGCAAGUUCUACAUGGAGGACCUGUACGAGGUGGGCGGCACGCCGUCGGUGCUGAAGAUGCUGGUGGCCAAGGGCGUCAUCGACGGCGGCAUCAUGACGGUGACGGGCCAGACGCUCGCCGACAACGUCGCCGACUGGCCGAGCCUGGAUCCCGGCCAGCAGAUCAUCCGCGCGCUGGACGACCCCAUCAAGGCCAGCGGCCACAUCCGCAUCCUGCGCGGCAACUUUGCGCCCGGCGGCGCCGUGGCCAAGAUCACGGGUAAGGAGGGCCUGUCGUUUACCGGCACGGCGCGCGUCUUCAACUGCGAGAACGACCUCUCGGCCGCGCUGGCCGCCGGCUCCAUCAAGCGCGAGGACGGCAAUCUUGUUGUUGUAGUGCGCUACGAGGGUCCCAAGGGCGGCCCCGGGAUGCCGGAGCAGCUCAAGGCGUCGGCGGCCAUCAUGGGCGCCGGCCUCACCAACGUGGCCCUCGUCACCGACGGACGCUACAGCGGCGCCUCGCACGGCUUCAUCGUCGGCCACGUCGUGCCCGAGGCGGCCGUGGGCGGGCCGAUUGCCCUGGUGCACGACGGCGACGUCAUCACCAUCGACGCCGUGCGCAACCGCAUCGACGUCGACGUCACCGACGCCGAGCUGGACGCCCGCCGCAGCCGCUGGGUUGCCCCUGAGCCGCGGGUCAAGAGGGGCGUGUUGGCCAAGUACGCCCGCCUGGUUGGCGAUGCGAGCCACGGCGCCGUGACGGAUGUCUGGUAGAGACGCGGCGAGACGAUGAGAAGAAGUUGGGUUUGGCAGGGGGCUGCUGAGCAUCAGGCUGCAAGUGUAAAUGAGCUCAAAACACCAAGGCGGAUGCUGGAUGGUUACUGACCAGGGGACAUAACAAAAAGGAGAAAAAAGGAGAAAAAGUCGCUUAGUUAUGCAAGCACACCCACCGAGGCCCAAAUAUCCAAAAAUGAUAUAAAUUCGUCUUCUCUCAUGUUCGUUCUGUCUGUCAAUCAUCUCCAACACAUUAUCCAGGGGCCACAACGCAACACGACACCUAAACGAAACAAUGAUCGAUAUGUACAUACAGACUCAUCUCUAUUAACAACAUGCCAUCCGUACUGCAGAAAGCCAACAAACGAACGAAGGGUAUCGCGCAGACACAUGCUUCCUUUCCGUCUCUCCGUCUUCCUUCUGCCUAAUGCUCACUCCUGCUCUUGGACGCGACUCACGUACUGAAACCAAUCCACCAAUUUCUCAU